AUGGGGACCGCAAUCCUUAGUGGGAUCAUCUCAUCUCAAAACUCCAGUUCUGGGACACGGGAAAUUGAUCUACUACUGACCCGAUUCAUCGCCUGUGUGCGACGCCCUCAAUCAGCAGAUGCCAUUCGCUCGAAAUUGCCACGCGAAGCACUGGAUUCGACCGUGAGUGUGUGUGUGAAUGACAAUCGUGCUGGAGUACUGGAGGCAGACGUCAUCUUGUUGGCUUGUCAACCACAUCUCUACAAACCACUUCUUCCGAAAUCGGGAAUAUGCACAGCGCUCAAAAGCAAGCCGAUCAUCUCGGUGCUGGCAGGUGUCCCCUCGGGUGAGAUCGAGCACCUCCUUCGUCAAAAUCCCAACAAGGGAAGAAAAGACAUCUAUGGUUUGGAUGCUUUCUCCGUUACUCGUGCCAUGCCCAACGUCGCCAGCGCGGUGCAGGCCUCAAGCACCGUCCUUGAAAUGGAUCCGCGGCCUCACCUCAAAGACAUUACUGCCACAGCGCAUGCCAUUUUCUCGUGUGUGGGCACUGUUUUCACUACCAAGCCUGAGAAUUUUGGAGUUUGCACAACCCUGAAUGGGUCAACUCCGGCAUUCUUCGCAAUGGUGAUUGAUGGCCUCGGAGAUGGUGCUUUGGCAUUGGGCCUGUCGCACACCGAGGCGACGCAGAUGGCGGCGACCGCAAUGCGCGGGACGGCUGAUUUGAUCCUGAGCGGCAAGUCGACGCUGGAUCUGCGCUACGAGGUCGCUUGCCCUGGCGGCGCGACGAUCCAAGGACUCGAGGUGCUCGAGGAGGCACGAACUCGCGCCGUCUGGAUGCGGGCCAUGGCUGCGGCAACGUCAGGGCAGGGCUCUCUUGGGGACACACUCAGGUUGCCACGCAGAGGGAUCUAG